CACAGUUCAGACAGAUUUAGAUCCAACCUGAUCAGCCUCAGUUUCCUGUUUCUUCACUCAUGUGGACAUGUUUGAUUUGUCAUCAGAAUCUUGUCCUGUUUUCAUGGCUGUCCUUUGUGUUUUUCCUGCAGGGCUCCUGUCUGAAAACAACAGCACUGCAACAGGGUCUGUCCACUUCAGGUUGGUGGGAGGAGCCAGUCGUUGUCAUGGUGACCUGGAGAUGAAACGACAGGAUGGAAACUGGAAACCAGUGGAAGGAUAUAACUGGUACAGGAAGAUAGGAAACAGAGUUUGUGCAGAACUGGACUGUGGAUCUGCAGUUUCACUGAGAGACAGAUGGACUGGUUCACAGAUAGAUAGUUGGAGGAUCAGUUCACACUGUGAUGAAUCUAAACUGAGUGACUGUUUUACAUCUGAUACAGUUAUCUAUUCAUCCCUAGAGCUGAAUUGUUCAGACUCUGUCAGACUGGUCCAUGGGUCCAGUGUGUGUUCAGGCAGACUGGAGGUCCGGUCUAACCAGUCCAGGUCCUGGUCCUCAGUGUGUGAAGGACACUUGGACCUACAUGGUGCCCAGGUGGUCUGUAGGGAGCUGGGCUGUGGGGCUCCUGGGCUCCUCCAGGGGGCGCUCUCUGGAGCAGCGGAGGCUCCUGUGGUGCAGACGUUCACCUGUGAAGGCCAUGAGUCUGCUCUGCUGGACUGUGGAAGCUCAGGGGCACAGACCUGCUCAUCUGGAACAGCUGUGAACCUUACCUGCACAGAUCAGGAUGAUGUCAGACUGGAGGGAGGAGCCAGUCGCUGUAACGGCAUAGUACAGAUGAAACAUCAUGGAGAAUGGAGAGACAUGGGAUAUGAAUAUUACUCUGACCUCUGGACCUUGAAGGCAGCAGAUGCCAUAUGUCAUCGACUGGACUGUGGAUCUGCUGUUUCUGUGAGAGAUCCUGAUUCGUCUGAUCCUCUGUGGUCCAUCAGCCCCAUCUGUCUUCUCUCUACAUCUACACUGAUGGACUGUGUAUCAACAGAUACUGACUCCACAGGGUCCGCCCUGUUCCUCACCUGUUCAGACUCUGUCAGACUGGUCCAUGGUUCCAGUCUGUGUUCAGGCAGACUGGAGGUCCGGUCCAACCAGUCCUGGUCCUCAGUGUGUGAAGAGGAUUUGGACCUUAACGAUACCCAGGUGGUCUGUAGGGAGCUGGGCUGUGGGGCUCCUGGGCUCCUCCAGGGGGGGCUCUAUGGAGAGGGGGAGGCUCCAGUCUGGACCAGUGAGCUCCAGUGUGAAGGCAAUGAGUCUGCUGUCCUGGACUGUAGAAGGUCCAGCUCCGCUGCGAAGACCUGCUCAAAUGGAACAGCUGCUGGACUCACCUGUUCAGAUCCAGGUGGGGUCAGGUUGGUGGGACAGUUGAGCCACUGUGCUGGUACUUUGGAGAUCCAACACCAGGGACAGUGGAGACCAGUAGGAGACCGCUAUGGAGACUGGGACCUGAAGUCUGGAUCUGCUGUGUGUCAACAUCUGGACUGUGGAUCAGCUGUUUCAGUCAACAGAACAGAUGAUUCUACAGGCAGACCUGUGUGGUUGAUGUCUGUUCCUUGUGUAAAGCUGACAUCUGGACUGAGGGACUGUGUUGGACCAGAUGAUUAUUAUAGACUCUCAUUUGCUGUGGACGUGGUGUGUUCAGAUCUGCUGCCUCAGCCCAACAUCUCCCUGUCUGACGGGUUAUUCUGGUACAGGAAGUUAGGAAACAGAGUUUGUGCAGAACUGGACUGUGGAUCUGCAGUUUCACUGAGAGGCAGACGGACUGAUUCACAGAUAGAUCAUUGGUUUAUCAGACCAGACUGUGAUGAAUCUGAACUGAGGAACUGUUUUCUAUAUAAGACAGGUGUCUAUACACCCCUGGAGCUGAAUUGUUCAGACUCUGUCAGACUGGUCCAUGGGUCCAGUGUGUGUUCAGGCAGACUGGAGGUCCGGUCUAACCAGUCCGGGUCCUGGUCCCCAGUGUGUGAAGGACACUUGGACCUUCGUGGUGCCCAGGUGGUCUGUAGGGAGCUGGGCUGUGGGGCUCCUGGGCUCCUCCAGGGGGCGCUCUCUGGAGCAGCGGAGGCUCCUGUGGUGCAGACGUUCACCUGUGAAGGCCAUGAGUCUGCUCUGCUGGACUGUGGAAGCUCAGGGGCACAGACCUGCUCAUCUGGAACAGCUGUGGACCUUACCUGCACAGAUCCUGAUGAUGUCAGACUGGUGGGAGGAGCCAGUCGCUGUAACGGUACAGUACAGAUGAAACAUCAUGGAGAAUGGAGAGACAUGGGACAUGGUUAUCCCUUUGACCUCUGGACCCUGAAGGCAGCAGAUGUCAUGUGUCGUCAACUGGACUGUGGAUCUGCUGUUUCUGGGAGAACAUCUGAUCAUUCUCGUCAUGUGUGGUCCAUCAGCCCCUCCUGUCUUCUCUAUACAUCUACACUGAUGGACUGUGUGAAAACAGAUACUGGGUCUUCUGGCUUCCCCCUGUCCCUCACCUGUUCAGACUCUGUCAGACUGGUCCAUGGUUCCAGUCGGUGUUCAGGCAGACUGGAGGUCCGGUCCAACCAGUCCUGGUCCUCAGUGUGUGAAGAGGAUUUGGACCUUAACGAUGCCCAGGUGGUCUGUAGGGAGCUGGGCUGUGGGGCUCCUGGGCUCCUCCAGGGGGGGCUCUAUGGAGAGGGGGAGGCUCCAGUCUGGACCAGUGAGCUCCAGUGUGAAGGCAAUGAGUCUGCUGUCCUGGACUGUAGGAGGUCCAGCUCUGCUGGGAAGACCUGCUCCAAUGGAACAGCUGCAGGACUCACCUGUUCAGAUCCAGGUGGAGUCAGGUUGGUGGGACAGCCGAGCCGCUGUGCUGGUACUUUGGAGAUCCAGUACCAGGGACACUGGAGACCAGUAGGAGACUACUUUAAACGCUGGGAUCUGAAGUCUGGAUCUGCUGUGUGUCAACAUCUGGACUGUGGAUCAGCUGUUUCAGUCAACAGAACACAUAAUUCUACAGACAGACCUGUGUGGAGGGUCUCAGUUCCUUGUGUAAAGCUGACAUCUGGACUGAGGGACUGUGUUGGACAAUAUGAUCCCUAUGAUGACUCAUCUGGUGUGGACGUGGUGUGUUCAGAUCUGCUGCCUCAGCCCAACAUCUCCCUGUCUGACGGGGUCUUUGGGGUCUACCAGCAGGGGUUCCGGGUGCUCGUGGGCUCCGACUUCACCAUCACAUGCUCCGUCCGACCGCAGUACCCAGGAGGCUCCUUCCAGCUGAUCUCCGACACCAAGAAGCCGCUGAACCUCACCAUGCCGGCUGUCAAUCACUUCGCCCACUUCCUGUUGUCUGCCAUGGGCUACGCCCACCGAGGGAACUACACAUGUGUUUAUCAUGUGGACGUUUAUAACCAC